AUGCAUAUCAGUGGCCAGAGUCUUAUUCCCGACUUCUCGCCCGGCUGGUGCUCGUUCGAUGCCGUGGUCUAUCAGUAUUGCGAGGACUCGGGUGUCAUGACGUUCCUCGACGUAUCGCCUCUAUACGAUGGGGCAGGCAAGCAGUUCAUGGAGCAGACCGACUCGAUCAACCUGACGCGUGGAAAGAAGCUAAGGAGCAUGGUUGUGGAGAAGGAGCUCAGGAUUCGCUUUGAGCAUGACAGUGUCCAGUUCAGCUAUGGCAACAAGACACACUGGCCCAACCGCAACAAGAAGAGCAAAUUCACUUGCACCGCCAAGCCAUGGCAGGGCAAGCGGCUGGACUGCGACUCCAGGAACCGGCUUGAGCGCUCGCAGGAUGUCAGCUGCAACUUCGAGUGUGUGUUGGCUCGACAGCAAGACUGGAUGGAAGGCUAG